AAUAGUACAAAAGGAUAUCAUUCGUUCUAAAAUUAGGAUAUUGCGAUUAAAGUGUGUCAACUGUCAAGUGAACCGGAAAAACAAUGUUAUGUUGGUGAUAAAAUUUGAACUUAGGUGUUACUUAAAUAUUAAUUGGCAUUAAUUCGUUACAAUAAAGCUUUAAAUAUUCCAUUAGUUACACGUACUUGUACAUGAGUGAUGUAAUGCGGUGAUAAGAAAGAUGCGGUUAAAACUACUCUGUGCAUUGUUAAUGCUGUGUUUCAUACAUUUCACGUAUGUGGAUGGAUUGAAGGCUAAUGAUACGGGGGUUUGUGUCAUAACAAGAAGCGUGAAAAAAACCCAAAGGCGUGUGUACUUAGUCAAAUAUAAAUGCGGCAAAAAGAUAUGCACUACCAGAAGGAGCAAAAUAAAGGAUUACAUAGUAACGCAAAACGAUACACUAUGCUGUAAAGGCUGGACAUACAGCAGCGAUUUGGAUGCCUGCUCUCCCCUAUGCAGUCGUGGAUGCAUAGGAGGUCGAUGCACCGCGCCAGACGUAUGCCAAUGCGAACCCCCCGCUAUACUAGACCAGGAAACUAAAAACGCAUGCUACCUCCCAAAAUGUGACUCCCCAUGCAAUAACGGAGCAUGCACAACGAAUAACACAUGCACAUGCUUGCAUGGUUACGAAAAAGUUAAUAAUACGUGCCAACCGAAGUGUGAGGAAUGCCAAAAUGGACGAUGUAUAUCCCCAAAUAUUUGCGAAUGUAAUGAAGGAUAUAUAAAAGAAAAAAAUACAUGCAUUCUCCGUAAGUGUGAACCUCCAUGCAACAAUGGAUGGUGUACAGAAAAUAACACUUGCGUAUGCUUGCAUGGGUACGAAAAAGUUAAUAACACAUGUCAACCUACAUGUGAUCUUUGUCAAAAUGGCCACUGUACGGGUCAUAAUGUGUGCGAAUGCUACCCAGACUAUAUCAAAAUUGAUGGUGUUUGUAAACCUUUGUGCAUCAAUGAAUUAAGUUUGACUCUAAGUGUGUGUAAAUGUGGUGGUGAAUAUCAAAAUGUCAGUAGUUGUUUCGAGGCGUGUAAAGAAGAGUGCGUAGUUUGUGAUCCCGAUGGCCAGUGCAGACGUAGAAAGGUUUGUGGGGCUGGCGAAACCGAGAUUGUAUGCUGUGAUGGAUACAGUUGGGAGUAUGACAGAAAGGCUAAAAGAGAAUUUUGCAAGCCAAUAUGUAGACCCAGCUGCGGCAAACACGGAGAGUGCGUCAAGUACAACCAGUGCAAAUGUAAACCCCCUUACGAAUUCAGAGAAGGCACAUGCCUUCUACCCGAGACAUGCGAGAAUCCAUGCAUAAAUGGACGAUGUACAGGCUUUAACACCUGCACAUGUAACACAGGAUAUAAACCCAAGAACACAUCUUACUGUGAGCCAGAAUGCUCACAACCCUGCAUCAACAGCAUCUGCGUAGCUCCCGAUAGAUGUAAUUGCAUAAAUGGGUACACAAGCAAAAAUCAAUGGGAGUGCACACCUGUAUGCAGUGAAUGCGACAACGGGCAAUGCGUUGGUCCAAAUAUUUGUAAAUGUGAUAAUGGUUAUGUUAGACAAGGAAACAAAUGCGUUCCAAUAUGCAAAGGAGAUUGUCCACAUGGCCAAUGCCUGAGACCUGGUGAGUGUGCAUGCGAAGCGGGCUACAUAAAUGAUCCAAUAGACAAGUUAACCUGUCGACCAAGUUGUGAACCUGGUUGCAUCAACGGCACUUGUGUUGCACCCAAUCGAUGCUCGUGCUCCCCUGGUUACUCUCCUACAAGAAACGUAUCAGUUUGUAAACCAAAAUGCGACCAUUGUUCAAAUGGAGAUUGCAUUGGACCAAAUAUUUGUAGCUGUCACGAAGGGUAUACAAUGAUGGGUAUAAAAUGCAAGCCAGUUUGCUCGAAAACAUGCGUCAACGGAUUUUGUUCGGAACCAGAUAAAUGUACCUGUCUUCCUGGAUAUAGCAAUGAUGAUGUUGAUAAGUUUGUAUGCAAACCUGAAUGUGAAGCCUGUGAAAAUGGCACAUGUACUUCACCUGGUCUAUGUUCUUGCAAUGAAGGAUAUGAAAAACAGAAUGGUACGUGCAAACCUGUUUGUUCAAAAAAAUGUGAAAAUGGAUAUUGUAAAUCACCCAACGAAUGUGGUUGUUCCUCCGGUUACAAAUUGAAGACAACGCUUGAAUCCUCAGUGUGCUACAAGCCUUGCUCUGUAUCUUGUGACAAUGGGGUCUGCAGUGUCAAUGGUGAAUGUAUCUGCCCUUAUGGAACUGGUGAUGAUAACGUGUGUCGUCCAAAUAUUAAUGAAACGAUCGAUUGUAAAAGCUGCGAGGGAAAUUGUACUGACAACGUAUGCAGGUGCCUCAAUGGUCGACCUUGUGAAUUACUUAUUGAAGCGUCAAGAACGGGGUUAGCUGGUCUGGAGUUGACGUGGAUUCUGGGCGCAUGUAUCGGGUUGCUACUCUUUAUCUUGGUCAUCGCUAUCAUGGGACAGAUGUGGCGAAAGAGACCGAACGUCAAGGCUACUUAUGCUGAAGGUAACCAGAACGGUAGCGUCGGGUUUUUAACAGCACCUGGUACACUGACGAAUAGAAUCUUCACUGAGGACAAAGCCGACGAGGAUUUCUGCGACAUCGAUCGAGAAUAUGGAAAAGAAGAAAAAGACGAAAUGACAUCAGAGCGAUUGUUACAUGGUCAAGUUAUGUAUGAAGACGAGAGAUUGUAAACUGUUAUAAAUUAUAAAACAUUAAUUAGUAAGGCAAGUCAAUGUACAGACAUACCACACACACAAAUAAAACGUCAAACUUGUACUUAAAUUCGACAAUUCUUUAUUGUUCCACUCGAUUUUUGUAAUUUUUAGUAAUAAUUUGUAAAACUAGAAAAGGAAAAAAGUGAAAUAUAAGUCAAGCGAAAGUUUUUGUUGCUACACUCUAUCCCCGGAAAGAAGUUUACAUAGCACUCUUUCUGUUACGUACGAACGAUCGAGCCAAAAACUUCAGUGGCCGUCAACCAUUUUGAGCCGCAAACCAAUCAUUUAUCAUUUUAAAAACACUCUCAAUUCGAAAAUGUUUUCAAAAAUCAUUCGAAAUUUAAUUAGAUAACAAUUUCGUUUGUGAUUUGGUUGACAACUCAAAAUGAUUAGCGCUCACUGAGAUUUUUGACUCUAUCACAUGUAUGGGACUACGUGACAGAUAGAGCGCUACACUAGCUAACUAUCUUAUGUAGAUAGAGUAUUAGUGGUGAUGUUUUCAUAAGUACUCAAGUUAAAGAACCUCGCUGAUGGUCUUCUAAUUUGAAUCGUUAACCAUUGUAGAAAACCACUGAAUGAAAUCUGACUAUCAGUUAGACCCCGAAAAAUCAAAGUUUACUGACUAUUCGGCUAAACAAGUUUUUCUUUAACAAAGAACAGAUUAAAUCAAAGGUAUCAAAACAUAAAUUUCGUGUUUCUAAAAAAUACUCAUUAUUUAUUAUUGUAAUCACGUUGGAUCACAUUUCUUUGAAUUAGAACAAUGCCUAGUCAAUUUCGUUCUUAUUCAAAAUUCAUGUAGCGUUAACAGCCAACAUGUAUCCAAGAUGAGGGCAAAGAUAACGAAAAAGUAUUUGAGAGCAAUGUAAAAUUACUUCUAGCUAUUUUGUUAUACAAAAAUAUAAUUAUUUAGUUACUUUUAACUGUAUUCGAGAUUUUAUGCAAAAUUGACCUAUAAGUAAGUUAUUUUAUUUUUAGUCAUCAGCAGAAAAUGAACCAUUCCAUUUUAAAAUGGAAGAUAAUAUUAUUAUUAAUACACCAUAACAUUAAAAACACUACAGUGAGAAGAUUGGUCCAGUUAAAUAAAUUAUUGUUGUUAAGUUAUGCAUUAAAUUGGUUAUUAGUAAUAAAAAUAUUUAAUAAUAACAUAGUAUUUAAGAUUUAUUAACAAUUUAUUAACACGAGGCGUAUGACUGUGCAGUAUACAAAACAGAUCUCAGCAAGGCUUGUGGCCUUGGCUGUACCUGCGCAGACCGCCGAGUAGCAACUUCAGAUUGAACCACGUGCUGGAUUUACAUUAUGUGCUCAAAAAUAUGGAAGUAUUCGGCAAAACAUUUACUUACUUGUGAAGAGUUAAACUAUGAUAUAAAAAUGCCAUAAGCUUGACAUAAAAUUAUGUGAAUAGUCUUGAGUUAAGUACUUAUCGAAAAAUGUGAAGUUUAUAAAAGUUCAUAUCAGAGAAGUAUGUACAAACUAGUCUAUUAGCGAAAAUUAGUUUAUAAAAUGAUUAUACUAUAUUUUUGACACGCA